AUGUCCACGGCCGGCAACGAGGUGGAGCCGGAGGAGUUGCAGGAGGAGGAGGAGGAGGAGGAAGGCGGCGGCGGCAACCCGAGGCGCUGCGCGGCGUGCAAGUACCUGCGCCGGCGGUGCGGCCACGGCUGCGCGCUCGCCCCCUACUUCCCGGCGUCCCGCCCCCGCCGCUACGCCAACGUCCACCGGGUCUUCGGCGCCAGCAACGUCGCCAGGCUGCUCCAGAGCUUGCCCGUGGAGGAGAGAGCGCAGGCGGCGGAGACGAUGGCGAUGGAGGCGCAGUGGCGGGUGGGGGACCCGGUGUACGGCUGCGCCGGCGUCAUCAACCGGCUGCAGGAGGAGAUCCUCGCCACGCAAUGCGAGCUCGCCAGGACCAGGGCGCAGCUCGCCAUCGUCGUCGCGCACGGCGCGCAGCAGGCUCCUCGUUCCGUUCCUCUUCCUCCGCCGCAUUCGCCGCUGCGAGCAGGCGGCGACCGCGUCGCCGGCAUGCAGAGGCAGGGAGGACAGCAGGAUGUGCCGCUGGAUGGGCCGUUUAUUGACACGGACGAGUUCCUCGACCUCGACGGGUUUUGA